AUGGGUCUCUUGACGAAGAAGGAUUCUCCGCCCAAAGAGGCUCCCACAACGGACAAGGGCGAUUCCUCCAGCGAACGUCCGCCCUCGUACUCUCAGGAGCAGCGAAUCUCUCUUGAACUGCCCAAGCUGGACCUCACCAGAGAGCUCCGAGAUCCUCACUUCUACCCUGUCAGCACUCACCAAGUUGUCGCUCAUCUCAAACUUUUGACCGUCCUAGCCGACUUGCGAGAUACUAUCUCCAACAACGAUGGGCUCUUUGGAAUCUCCGAUGCCGCGGCCAAGCUCCUGACCGAGGAAGCCAAGGUGGAAGCCCAAGCCCGAAUUCGUGAAAAGCGCUGGGCCGUGUAUACUGCCCGUGCAGUUGACCGAUAUACCAAAUGGUGGCAAAGUGGGCUUCCCAGCUCACAUGCACCGUUCACGACGACAGACCUCGAGCAACAGGACUAUGAAAAACAAGCUACGAAAUGCAACACCCUCGUAGCUUGGGAUGUCAACAACCUCCCGCCUAUCGACGUGUUGAUGGUGUGGCAUUCCCACAUGCUGAACCCCCGGAACUAUCUUGAAGAUUGUAUCCGAUAUGGCAAGCUGAGUACCUGGGAGACUGGAUUCCCAUGGGAUCCAAUCAACCGCUGCAUCAAUGACCGUACGAUGGAAUAUACUGUCAGCGAGCAGCCCCAGCGCCUGUUUGAACAGCAGGUCCAUGUGAAGUGGGACAAUCUAGAUGAUCCACCCAACAAGGAAAUCCAGUGUCCCGCCUGCUCUUCGGCGAAUCUUGUCCCGUGGACGACAGGAGACAUGGGGCCAACGGCCAAGGACGCCUUCAAGGACUCCCGAGGCUACGCCGACAACUCGUUCGAAGCUACCUGCAAUAGGUGCAAGUUCACCAUCAACCACGAGCUCCUUAAGGUGGCCAAGUUCCGCAGUGACGCUGAAUCCCUUCUAAACAAGAACCUUCCCAUGCCUGGAACAUUUUACAACAUCAAUGGUAUCCCAGAGGGACCGCCUCCUACUAGAUUUGCAUCUCGCGACUUGACUCAUCAAAAUAUGCUGUUUGUAAAUCGGUUUAUAAGAGCAAUAGCGAAUGAGUUACUCGCCACUACCGAUGCGCGGCUUCGUCAGUGCAAGAACAUUGACGAUUUGCGAACAUUCCUAGAAAGCAAGCUGACCGAUAAGAGCGUCUUGUCACAGGCAUGUGGCUCGACUUUGCCCCUGUUGCGUCCGGCGGAGAAGGUGCAUUUUCGACGAAUGAUGGCGCGGUACUGGGAUAACGUCGGUCCUUUCGCGCUGGACCUGGUGGGCGCAGUGAUUCGUCAGGGAACCUUUGUGCAGAAAAUGGACAAUAUCGAUUGGUUGCAUUCGCCCACUGUCGUAGACACUGCCGAGCGAACUAUUGCAAAGUAUAUGGUCUUUUUUGGAAUCAUGAUGGACCAUCCACGAAAUAUGGCUGUGCCUACCUUGGACGUCGAUUUGGCCUGGCAUACCCACCAGCUGGCGCCAUCGAGAUACUACACCAUGAGCACAUACCGCGCUACAAAGAACGUCCGUCGCUUCGUCGAUCAUGACGACAAGGUCGAUGAGAAUAAGCUCUCCGAUGGCUUUGAAUGGACCAGCAGGAUGUACCGACGCGCUACCAGCGGUGGGAUCUACAGCGAAUGCACCUGCUGGUACUGCGAGGCGACCCGAGCACCAGAUCUGUACGAACGGAAAUUUGCCAUUGGAUCAGCUUCGCGAGCCCGUCGCGCCGCUGAUUCUCUACACGACAACCCAGAUAUCUCAUCUGACCCGAACAAGAAUCUGCAUAUCUCAGCGCACAACGCUGUUCGCCCGAAAGCUGUCAAUAUCUUGGACGACGGAGCCAGUCGGCUACAGAGGAUCCGGCUUGAGCAGUGGUACGAAAAGUCCGCGCGUCGGGCUGAGAAGCGCGGUCGUGCUCGCAGCGAUCCGAGGUCAACACGGGAUGGCGGCUACGGGCCUAUGUACUACUACCCAUAUGCCUGGGGUUACCCCAUGUUGAUCCCCUACUACGGUCCGUACAUGUGCGACCCCGGUGUCAACUCUGCCUCCUACGCCUGCAAUCCAAGCUGCAUGAGCCUUGCCUCUGGGGCUACGGGCAAUUGUGCUGCUGGGACCUGCGGUGGAGGUGUUGCUGCAGGUGGCUGUGGUGGCAUAGGCGCAGGUGCCGGAUGCGCCGGUGCUGCAUGCGCAGGGGGUGGAACUGGAGGAGGCGCAGCUUGUGGAGGAGCAGCAGGUGGUGGUUGCGGGGGGAGGGGGGAGGCGGAUUUGGUGGAUGUGGAGGUGGCGGCGGAUUUGGAGGUGGAGGUGGCGGCGGAUUUGCAUGUGGAGGUGGCGGCGGCGGAUGCGGCGGUGGUGGAGGAGGUGGUGGUUAAGAACGACUUUCCCCUUUCAACCUCUUCGUGGGAGGACUAG